AUGAAAAAAUACCAUCCGGGAGAACGGAUUGAUAUAGAGGUACUCAAUCAGAAUACCAAUGAUCCUAGUGCCUCAUCGCCGUCGUUGGCGAAUGAUAGUGGACCUAAUGAAACCACCUUAGGCUCAAAAUUGCCUGCAUCAAGUCAUGCCCAGGAUCCAAUGGACAUUUCGCAGGAUGUGAUUGAUAUCUCGGACUCAGAAGACGGCGACAACAAUGAGCUUGUCCAACCGACAUCGCCAGCAGUAUGUGCGCCAGUUGCUUCUAUGCCAGAUGAACAACCUCCAGCUCGGAGUUCUCGCCCCGUUUUCAAAAGGCCAACCCACCACUAUGUCAAAGCGUCACUCCCUAAAUUGCGGCUUGCUGAUGAGCGUCGUCUAAUGCAUGAAGCUCAAUGCAGCAUCACAAUCGGUGAACCAGCGUAUGAAGCAGUCCGAUCAUUUAUCACGAAAGCGAAACAGGCAGAUGAUCUGCCAUUGAACGCCUUGUUGUCAAAACUUAUCCACAACUUCGUGCACCUUUAUUAUCAGCAUUUCGAUCAUGAGUACCCUUUGGUGCACCCACAUGCGAUGGAAUCAGCCGAUCAUUCCCAGUGGAUAGUACUGUUGGCAGUGGCCACUGUGGGAACUCACUAUGUCACAUUCAGCAACGCCGGUACUUUCUCCGUAUACUUCCAAGACCUACUGAGCCAAGCAUUGAGACAAAACCAACCCCAAUCGCCGGAAACAACAACACUGUCUUAUGUGCAAGCUGUGUUUCUUUACGAUAUCUGCCUGAUGUUUGAUGGUUCGCAAAAGUCGCAGUUGAAGCUGCAGUAUGAGCGAAAUCUACUGGUUACUUUGGCCCGUGCCUUGAAGGGCGAUAGAUGCAUGACAGAUGAAAGCGCGCUAUACCCGGGAAAUUGGAAAUCAUGGCUUGCAAGAGAGUCUCGUAUCCGUCUUGUUCAUUGUGUAUUCCAACUCGAGUGCUUCCAACUCAUUUUAUUCGACCGACAACCCAUUCUUGGUCAGCACGAACUCCCAGAUGAAUUUCCCUGCAGUCAAACAUUAUGGCGGCGUAAAAUUCCCAGCACUUGGGUCCCUGAAUCUUAUCGAGUAUCCCCAUCGACUCAGAUCGACGUGAGAACAGCUAAGGAAACCAUCGAAGGGUUGGAUGCUUUCCGUCGAAGCCUUUAUAUGAUUUCUCUUUACAGCGAGCAAAGGUUGUUCGUUGACAAAAUGUUCUAUUCUUCCAUCUUGACCUCAGGAAUAGCUUCGGCAGUAGCCAGUAUGCAACCCCCCAAAGGACCAGCCUUUCCUGAACUCACCCCUCGGGCCCUGCGCGCAAUGAUAUUCCUGUCAAUGGACGAUGUGUUCGCAAUCAUCCCUACCUCUGCCAAACCCGACUACGUCGCAUCCCGAGACGUCAUCCACCACAUUCUCUGCCUGCUACGUCAAGUGUCCCUCCACAUGCUCUGGUCCUUCUCCAGGUGGCAAGGCGAAGAUACGCAGGGGGGUAGCUUGAAAGCCUGGAUGGAAGCCAACCCGUCCACCGCAAGACAAUGCCUCUGGCAUGCAAUCUGCGUGUUCAGCACCCUGAAGACCAAGCUUAAAUUCGCCUGCCACGACCCCCUCUGUUUCCUGGUUGCUUUCUUCUAUAUCUGGGCAUUCGAUACAAUCGUCGUCACUUCCGAACUCAGCAAGCCGAAUGUUUCAACUGCCCCUGUUCGCUUGCAAGACACCAGGGAAAUUCGAAUUUGGAUCGACCAAGGACCCAACACUGGCCUGGAUCUGAUCGGCGUGGGUACUUUGACGGGCAGAGAGAGCUCCCUGCGUUUGCUUUCGCAGGUUUCGGAUAUUUUCGCGAAGCGCGCCUCUUGGGCUGGCCUUUGUCGAGGUCUUGCUAAGGCUGUUACUCAAAUUCUUUCGAGAAUGCAAGCGCAUCCUCAUGGAACCCCCAACCAGGCAGGUGUUUCUGUCCCUCAGCCAUGCACACUUCCAGAAAAUAUCCCCCGGGAAGCUAGCCUUCGGACAGAGUUUUCUCGGGAAGAGGUUUCCCAGGCAGAUGAUGCUGGAGAAACUGGCACCGAAGCAAAUGUACCUGAAGAAAGCAUCGAAUGA